AUGGGACAGUCAAAGAUAAGUCUGAAAGAAUUGGUCAGUAUUAAACGAAAAUUUACUGAGACAAUAGAUGAUUACCUAAAUUGGUUUCGUUUGCUUAAGGCAAAAUGUUUUACGCAAGUGCAUGAGCAUGAGUUGAUCGAAAUGGCGGUUAGAGGCCUUGAUUAUUCUAUUAGGAAAAAGUUGGAUACCCAAUACCUAAGAAACAUGGUCCAAUUGGUUGAUAGAGUUCGACAGGUGGAACGUUUGAAGGCUGAGAAAGCCAGAGCAAACAAAAAUAAUAUGAAGGAUAAAGUAGCCUAUAUCGAACUAGGAACUGACAAAUCUGAAACGUUCGGGGAGCAGGUAGAUUUCGACGAGGGUGAGGUCGACCUUGCGGAAUUGAAGCAAGAACCAUCUUAUUCCUGCAAAGUUCUAACUCAUUCAGGCGGGAAAAAUCCAGUCGAACUAGACAGGGACCCUAGGUUCCCAAAGAAGACUUAUACCUCUGACGUCACUAAAUAUGACGAAAUCUUCGACUUACUUGUUAAAGAUGGUCAUAUGAUAGUACCUCCUAGCGCUAAAAUUCCCCCUCUAAAACAAAUAAAAAACAGGGGGUUUUGUAAAUAUCAUAAUUUUUUGGGCCACAAAACCUCACAAUGUUUUCUUUUCAGGGACCUUGUGCAAAGCGCUAUAAGAGACGGGAGGCUCCAGUUUGAAGACAAAUUGAAGACUCCAAUAAGGAUCGACGUUGAGCCUCUUCAGAUAGUUGAUGCCCAUUAUAUUGAACCUUCCAUGAUCAACAUGGUAAAAAUUUCUGAAGAAUAUGGGGAGAAGGUCAGUAUGGUCAAAGUGGUUGACGACUUUAAAUAG